AUUACUUUCUGUUAUCAAAGAGACUUACAAUUAGAAAAGUUUUUGAAUUGCUCUACUUUAUAAAUUUUCAUUCUCAUUAGUCGAGACUAUAUUCGUUUUGUCAGUGUGCAUAUAGAUGCCGGGGAACUUGCAAGGUUAACGGUUGUAUUGAUCAAGAAACAGCAACAACCUCAAUCCUAAUUUAGUACAUUUUCUUAUUAUGAGAAAGAAGGUCCUGUUAAUGGGUCGCAGUGGAAGCGGCAAAAGCUCCAUGCGAAGUAUUGUCUUUAGCAAUUAUGUUGCAAAGAAUACUCGAAGAUUAGGAGCUACAAUCGAUAUUGAACAUUCACACGUCCGAUUUCUUGGAAACUUAGUUUUGAACUUAUGGGACUGUGGUGGUCAAGAAGCGUUUAUGGAAAACUAUUUGUCUGCCCAAAGAGACCACAUCUUCAGAAAUGUUCAGGUGCUCAUUUAUGUUUUUGAUGUCGAAUCUAGAGAAUUCGAGAGAGAUUUGGUAACUUUUAGGAAUUGCUUAGAAGCUACCAUAGCCAAUAGUCCUCAGGCUAGAGUUUUUUGUCUUAUCCACAAGAUGGACUUGGUCCAGGAAGAUCUAAGAGAUUUGGUGUUUGAAGAACGGAAAGCUAUUCUGUUAGAGGCUAGUAAAGAAUUGAACACGACAUGUCUAGCUACUUCUAUCUGGGAUGAAACCUUGUUUAAGGCAUGGUCAGCGAUUGUAUAUACAUUGAUUCCGAAUACUCCUACUUUGGAAUCUCAUCUUCGGGAAUUCUGUAAAGCAGCGGAAGCCGCCGAAGUUGUUUUGUUUGAGAGGACUACAUUUUUGGUGAUUUCUUCUUACUCUUCUGAUGAAACCGUUGCUGUUGAUACGCAUAGGUUCGAAAAAAUUAGCAAUAUCGUAAAGCAAUUUAAAUUAAGCUGUAGCAAAAUGCAGGCACAAUUCACUACUUUUGAACUCCGGGGUGGAAAUUUCUCUGCCUUUAUUGUUCCCUAUACUGAAGAUACAUACAUACUAGUGGUUAUAGCGGACCCUGAAAUCGAAUCCGCUGCUACUCUCAUGAAUAUACAAAGCGCUCGUCGGUAUAUUGAAACCUCGAAGGCCAACAACUCUCAAAACUAGUUGUUUCACAUAAGUUGUAUGAUCAAUGAUUUCUUCUGUGUUUAAUUCAUUUUCUUCGUUCAUUGAUAUAUAGAUGGUUAAAUAUAACCAUGCUAGUCUUAGUUUAUAACAUAAUUAUAAUGAUGCUUUUGUUGAAAGUGGUUUUCUACUGAAC